UGUGCUUGAGUCGAAGCUUCCGUCCGUUGUCAAUUCGACAGUGCAUACCUCCCCACUGUAUUACCCUCAGUGAAUUACACAUAGAGAGAAUCAGGAACCGUACUCUGUGUUUUCGAACAAGUGAACAGAUUGAAGUCAAUGGACAACAUUUGGACAUGCGGAAGCUCCGAAUGAAUGCAGUUUUACAAAACCCGUGGCACGCAGAAUAUCACGACCCAGACACUGUACUAUGUGACUUGUGUACACAUACAGGUGAUUUCGUCACUUGUCUACAAACACGCGAUGACAGAGCACUCUGAGAGCAAAGUUCAGGCAAAGCUACAUAGCUCAUCGAGCCUUAUUACGGUACUCAGGGAGCAAGAGAGGGAGAUUCGGUCAAGGCAAUUUAUCGUAUGGUGUCUACUGUUUUCACUAGUGGAAGAAACUUGGUUUUGCCGGCCAAUGUAACAAUUGAGAAGCCUAUCCUACUGAAGAUCUGAUGAACCACGGUGGUUCAACCACCAUGUCAAAUCCAAUAGGAGCCCAUAAUUAUGUGGGAUUUGCACCGAACCUCGCAGGAAGUCUACAUCGGAGUCUAUGGGAGCCAUGAAGCUGCGUUGGGGCAUCUGUACCGCGGGAAUGAUUGCGAAUGACUUCCUUGUUGGUCUCAGCACUCUACCGCGAGAGGAGCAUAUCGUACAAGCCAUUGCCGAGGCCAGGGCCGUGCAACAAGCGAAAGAUCUGGCCAAGACGCAUGGUAUUGCUGUCGUCUACGAGAGGUUCGAGGACUUAGCAAUGGAUCCCGAUGUCGACAUCGUGUACAUUGCGGCUGUGAACCAGAUGCACCUGCCGCUAUGCAAGCUGUUUCUGAACCACGGGAAGCACAUUCUCUGUGAGAAGCCGCUGGCUCUAAACGAGAAUGAAUGCCGGCAAAUCGUCGAUAUGGCGAAGGAGAAGGGUGUUUUCUUCAUGGAGGGCUGGUGGUCACGGUUCUUCCCGGCUGCUGCCAAGCUGCGAGAACUGAUUACAGAACGGGCAAUCGGAGAGGUCAGAUUUAUGCAAUGUGCUAUGGGUUUCUUAACCGACUUUAAAGAUAGACUCAAGAAAAAAGAGUUCGGUGGAGGUAUUCUUCUGGACAACGGGAUCUACCCUUUAAGCCUGGCGCUCAUGGUGUUUGGUCAACGUCCGGUGUCGUGCAGCGGAAGUGGAUUUCUUGCAGACUCGGGGGUUGAUGAAACCUGUAUGAUAAGUAUGCUGUUCCCAAACAAGGCAGCUGCUUCACUGUCACUGAGUAUGGUUGUUGCGCUUCCCAAUGAGGUCAACAUCCAAGGCACCAGAGGUCACAUCAAGAUACCAACUCCUUUUUGGGUGCCAACAAAAUUGGAAGUAACCACGCAAUCAGAUGUGGAAAGCCCCUUUAAAGUAAAGGAGAAGACAGAGACGCUGGAGUUUCCCCUUCCAGUCAGCGAUCUUCCUCAGAAUUAUCCCCAUGCCGUGGGUAUGAGUUACGAGGCCGAGGCUGUGCGACAGUGCAUCACAAGAGGCGACAAAGAGUGUUCCCUUGUCCGCCAUGAAGACAGCCUUUAUAUGGCAGCGCUACUGGAAAAAUUACGCCAUGAUUUGGGGUACGUGUUGGAAGGUGAUGCCAUUUGACGAUCCAGGAAGUAACGUGGAAAGGAGAAUAACCGUUAGUAAUGAGACCACCGGCACAUUUCAUCAAUUUCUCAAACGAACAAUCAGACAAACAACUCGAGGUGGCUGAUUUUCCACGUGGCAUGUCACCUUUAUAUGGAGUUUGAUCUGUCAUUCUCAGUUGUUCAAGCUUAAAGUGAAAAAUUAAACACACAUUCACAUGAAAAUGUUACAAGCAAGCACACAUAUGUGGUAGGGAGUAAUGGAUAUAGGGAUUACACUGGAACCACGUGCACUUUAAGAUUCUGAAAGGAAACAGUUUCAAGUAACGAUAAUCUACAAAUUUGUAAAGUUUAAUGUAUUAUUGUAUUUGUAAUGGUUAUCUCUCCAAAAAUUUUAAGGCCACAAAUAGCUGUAAAGUGAUAUAAAAUCCACGAUGUUUUGAUAAGAAUAAAAUGUAUCAAUAAUUCUAUUGUCAAAAUGCUUUCAAACCACAUGCACUUUAAGACUGUGUAAGGAAAUGCAUUAAUGCAAUACGUUUUAAGCAACUAUAAUCUAUAGAUUUGUAAAGUUUAAAUGUAUCACUCUUUUUAUAAUGCUUAUCUUUCCGAUCAGUGUGAAGUUGAAUUUUAUUUAAGGAAGGGAUUUUGCAAAUUCAAUAUCACCCCUAUAGAGCAUCGUAGUAUGAUCCAAAUAAUAAUUAUGGUGGCUGUUCCGAGUGGAGUGGUGAAAGGGAUUUUCGUAAACAAAAAGUACGAUUUCCACACGUUAAACCUCCCGUAUUUCAAGACAUAAGUUCUUCUUUACUUAUUAUUAUUAGUGAAUCAACUAUAAGAAUGGAGUUUGAGACUUUCAUUGACGUGUAAACUGACGUAAAAGUGCAGUCAUCAAGCACGAUAGUGCGCGCACGUGCAUUAUCAUAUAGGCCUACUCGUUCACGGACGUGAUCGACUGCGUACCCGGAUGACGUUUUUUCCUGAAUCUGCAAUGCUACAUUGUCGAGCAGGCGCAUUACUCAAAGGUAAAUUCACUGAUUACUCCUGGCUGUUGAAACUGCUUCUUUUUAAGGGAAUGAGAACCCGUCAUGCCUGUUUCCUACCCUGACCCCGCGGAUGUUGCUCGCUUUCUACGAACUCCCUGUAAUGCAUAGAUUUUACGCAAGACAAAUUACGCGCUGUUUUUCUCGAUUUUUCACAAAGCAAUAGACUCAAGCGUGAAACAACUCCGUGGAAUGUAAGUUACAGUGAAUAUUACACACCGUAACCAGUCAAUCUAGUUGAAUUACCACAAAAAACGAAUGUUGUUCACUACCUUUAAUGGUGUUUGAAAGCAACUUUACAUUGAAUUGUGGUUUGGAAUGAACAGAAUUUUAACAUUUGUCACAUCGAUGCCCCAAAUUCCUCCGACAAAGUUCGUUAUACUGGACUUAUAAUACACCCUUCAGCAUUACAAUAGUA